AAACCAAAUUUAGAACCAAGAUGACUAUAAACACCAAAAUGAACAAAACAAGUACAAUUUUAUUUUUCUUCUUUUUUUUUUUAAUGAUAAAAACGAACAUCCUUUAGUGAGAAUUAGUAUGUACUUUAUUAUCACGUCGAAGAUUCAAUUUCUUUUUGGAACUAAAAGAUGGACCAAAAUCAAAGGGUUCAAUUAAAGUAAUAUCUAACCUACCAUUUUAGAAAAUACAUAGGAAAAAUUUAUAGAAAAAAUAGAUAGGGAAAAGAGGAACAAAGAUUGUUUAAAUUUCAUUAAUAACAUUGAUUCCAAGGGUUAACAGUCUUCAACUGAAAGUGGAAGAAGCAAACCUAAGAAGAGACGUUCGGGGAAAUUCUCGAUCGAAGAAUUGAGAAAAUCGCAGGUUGAAUCCAACACUGAAGCAAAUUCGCUCAGAUAGUGUACCGGUGGUUGUUUGGUAACUCGGCCACCCACUUUUGAUCGAAAAUGGCCUCUAAUGGUGCAAUUCCGAGAGCGGAAGAUGCCGGGAACAGUUUGGAGAAGAUCAAGCGGCAGCUGGCCUCUGGGUCUGGUCGGAAUUUGUUGCAGGGUCCCCUUCUAAAGCGAUCUGAAACAUUGAGGAAAUGGAAUGAGCGAUGGGUAAUUUUGGACCCAACAACAGGGAAAAUGGAAUACAAAAUUAGGAGAAAUGAGGCAACUAUCAAAGGAUCUAUUAUAUUUGAUGCAAAUAGCAAUAUUACUGUUUCUCCCGUGAAUUUCCAUGGUCUACCAAAGUACGAUGGUUGCUGUAUCUAUAUUGGCACACCCCAGAAACAAGAUUACUUCCUCUGUGCUGAGACUCCUGGUGCAGCUAGAGCCUGGGUGUCUACUUUGCAUAUACUUGGUUUUCAAUCGUUUUCUUUAACAUUGGUUGAUGACUCCCCAAGUGCAACCCAAUUGGUCCUGAAGGCCCAUAAAGAAGCUGUAAAUUCCUUGAGUGGCAAUGGUUCUGCAAAAUUGGGAACAGUCGCCACAGUAGUUGCUGCUGCCAAUUCAACUGCCCAGGAAAGUUCUAAAGAAAUUGAAAGAGCAAUGCAGAUAUCUUUAAGAAAUACUCUGGGAAUUAUUGCAAAUAAAACAACUGAUGGCCCAAUGGACGAUUUAGCGAUUAUGAAGGAGACGCUGCGAGUCAAGGAUGAGGAACUACAGAAUUUGGCUCGUGAUCUACGUGCACGAGAUUCAACAAUAAAUGAUAUAGCUGAAAAAUUAUCUGAGACAGCUGAAGCUGCCGAGGCUGCUGCUUCUGCAGCCCAUAUGAUGGAUAAACAAAGGAAAAUCGUUUGUGCAGAAAUUCAACGUAUAAAAGAAGAUUCUGAGAAGCAACUGGAUGCAUCCAUCUUGAAGCUCAAAGAGUACGAAGCAAAAUUAAUGGAUAUGAGUAGAGAAAGAGAUCAGUUGAUAAAACAAAGAGAUGGUGCUAAUCAGGAAGCACAUAUGUGGCGAUCUGAGCUUGCAAAAGCUAGAGAGCAGGCUGUGAUUCUAGAAGGUGCUGUUGUGAGAGCGGAGGAAAAAAUCAGGGUUUCAGAGGCUGAUGCCGAAGCGAGGAUAAAAGAUGCUAAACAGAAAGAGUUGGCUGCUUUGCAGGAGAAGCAGGAGCUUAUGGCAUAUAUAAAUAGGUUACAAGCACAAAUUCAGAGACAACAUAUACAAGUUUUUGAGGAGAAGAUGGAGUCUUGCCCAGGUAAUGAUAAUUCUCUGCUAACAAAGCACAUUGACUCGUCAGAUGAUAAUGUGGAUAAAGCAUGCUUGAGUGACUCUAGAGCAAUACCAGUCUCUGGUGAGGUCAACCUACGACCGAUUGGAGAUGGGGAAUGGAGUGAUAUUCAGACAACAGAAGCAACAAUUGCUGAUGUUAGAGAAAUUGCCGCAGAAACUGAAGGAAGCAGUUUAGAUAUUACUGUUGUUAGCCAACCUGUUAGCAGCCAUCAUGAGCAAGAUGUGAGCUCUUCCAAUCAACCAUAAAUUCGACAUCAUACAGAACAAAAAUGCAUGUUAGAUGUAAGCAUACAGUACACAGCACCUAGUUUAGAAAAAUGCAAACUUUGUUUUGCAUUCUUUUAUGUGCGAGUAAUAUUCAAAUUAUUUGACUGGCUGACCUGACGUUGGUGAUGUGGUGUACAUUUCUCGAUGUUAGAUGUUAAAGUCUUAACAGAACGUGUUCUGUUGUGUGAGCCAUUUAUCGAUGAUUUAUACUUUUGUGUAGAGAGUCGGAAGUUGUAAAUCUAGGGAACAAAAACCAUUGAUGAUGAGUGUUUUUUCUAUUAACAUUCAGCUGCUCCUGCUCUGUUGUAUUAUAAAAUCUCUUCCCCUCAAGUGUACUCGCUAGGAUGGUCUCUGAACUUUUCUACAACAGCAAUGUCAUUCCUUUUGAAUA